GCGUAGCGGGAGUCCCUCCAGCCGCGGUGUUGUGCUGUGGGGAAGGGAGAAGGAUUUGUAAACCCCGGAGCGAGGUUCUGCCUACCCGAGGCCGCUGCUGUGCGGAGACCCCGGGGGAAGCCACCGUCACCAUGUCUGACCAGGAGGCAAAACCUUCAACUGAGGACUUGGGGGAUAAGAAGGAAGGAGAAUAUAUUAAACUCAAAGUCAUCGGACAGGAUAGCAGUGAGAUUCACUUCAAAGUGAAAAUGACGACACAUCUCAAGAAACUCAAAGAAUCAUACUGUCAAAGACCGGGAGUUCCCAUGAAUUCACUCAGGUUUCUCUUCGAAGGUCAGAGAAUUGCUGAUAAUCACACUCCAAAAGAACUGGGAAUGGAGGAAGAAGAUGUGAUUGAAGUUUAUCAGGAACAAACAGGGGGUCAUUCAACGGUUUAGAUAUUCUUUUUAUUUUUUUUUCUUUUCCCUUAAUCCUUUUUUAUUUUUAAAAAUAGUUCUUUUGUAAUGUGGUGUUCAAACAAUUGAAAACUGGCACCCCAUCUCUUUAAAACAUCUGGUAAUUUGAAUUCUAGUGCCCAUUAUUCAUUAUUGUUUGUUUUCAUUGUGCUGAUUUUUGGUGAUCAAACCUCAGCCCCCUUCAUAUCGCCCUCUCCUUUUUAAAAAU